UUAUAAAAAGGCUGCCUUCCCUCAUAAAUCUUGCAAAAACCCAUAGCUAUUUUCUUUUAAGCUCAAAAAUUUCAAGCACUCGUCACAUUUAUUGAGUAGUGAUGAAUGCUAGGACAAAGAGUUUAGCAAUGUUGCUGCUCCUUAUGUUUCUCUCUGCAGGUGCAGCUAAGGGCUCAAACUACAUCAAGACAAGCCAUCUUCUUCACAAGGGAGAAAUGGGAGCAAAUUCAAGAAAGCUUCUUGGAUUGGACAUAGUAUUAGAUUAUGAUGAUGCUGGCCCUAAUGUGAAGCAUGAUCCAAGAGGGAAGAGAGGUGGCAAAGGUCCCUAAAUAUUUCUACUACUACAUAUUAUUACAGAUAAUGCUAAGACAUUAUAGUUAUGAUCCGACCAAUAACCACUAGACACUAAACAAAAGCCAUGGCGCCUUCAACUUCUUGUCAUAAUCUGUAUGUUUUGUUGUAAUGUGUUUUCCAUAUCAAUGUUUGUGUCUUUAAUGUUAUAACUAUAUUAUUUAUAGCAUCGCCUCUUGUUUGUCAUUA